AUGGCUGAGGAGGAUCUCCGGGGUUCGAGCACCCCUUUCUCGCUCUCCUUUUCGGGCAGCGGCUUUCUCGCCCUGUACCAGGUUGGGGUGGUGCAGUCCCUCCUGGAGCUGGCUCCCGAACUCCUCAAGUCCGCGUGCAAGGUCUAUGGGUCGUCUGCCGGCUCGCUCAUCGCUGCCGCUGUCGUGUGUGGCAUCGGCCUCGAUGACCUAAAGGAAUUUUUCUUUGCCAUGGCCAAGGAAGUCAGGAAAACCAUCCUGGGCCCUCUCUCUCCCAAGUGCAGCUUGCUGGCGAAUAUCAAGACUGUUUUGCAGCGGAUGCUACCAGAGGACUCCUACCAGCUGGCUUCAGGGCGGCUGCACAUCUCGCUCACGCGGGUGGUGGAUGGCCAAAACGUCAUGGCCUCUGAGUUCAGCUCGAAAGAGGAGCUCAUCCAGGCUCUUCUCUGCAGCUGCUUUCUUCCCAUCUACUGUGGAUUCAUCCCUCCAUCCUACCGAGGUGUGCGAUACGUCGAUGGAGGAUUCACCGGCCUGCAGCCCGUCUCCAGCUUGGAGGAACCCGUGAUCACUGUGUCCCCAUUCACGGGAGAGCUCGAUAUCUGUCCACGGGAUUGUCCCGCUAUCUUCUUUUGUUUCCAGAUCUUCAACGGCAGCAUUCAGAUCUCAAUAGAAAACCUCUGCCGGAUUAGCUAUGCUCUCUUUCCGCCUAGUGCCAUGGUCUUGAAUGAUAUUUUCUCCCAAGGGUACCAGGACACUGCCCUUUUCCUGUACAGGAACAACGCCUUUGGCUUUAACUACUUCGAUGGCAAUUUCCGCUUCGCCACCAUGUGUGGGAAGAACGACGUUGCACAGCCCAACAGGAUGUUCGCUGGCCUGUGCAAAAGGGUACCGCAGUGUCUGGCCCCUUGCUUCCUUCCAGGUAACCACCCAGGACGGGCCCUGGGGGUCUCCGACGUCACGCGAUUCCAGUGCCCUGGGAAAUGGGGAGACUGGGCACCUUUGCUUGCCCGCCUGUACAGCUUGGCUGCCGGUUUCCCUAGCCACUCGCUGAUCGCCAGCCGCAUCCCUCCCCCUGCUUUAAUGCAGAUUACAGGGCAGCCAUUUGCCAGGAAAUGA